AUGUGUCAGAAGGUCGAAACAGUAUGCUGCCAUUGUGGUGAGCUUCUCUUCGAGUACUUCAUUGCUUGCAAUGCAUGGCGUGUCGAUGCAAGACAAGCAAGCGACGAAAAUGAACCCCUUCCACUCGCAUCUCAGUGCGAAUAUCCCAAGGAGAAGGAAAUCCAGCCUUUGCUGUCAGGAUGCCCCAACAACGAUUCCUGCCCUUAUUGGUUUGCAAACCUGUUCCGGGGUUAUGGUGAAGCUGCUAACAAGACCCUACAAGUCAGGCAGUUCCGCGAUCAAGUUGCCCAAGAGAAGUACAGCGAAUGGAAGGAGGACUUUGCUCGUAAGUACUUCGUCAAGAAGCCAAUUCUGCCUCGACAGGAACCGGAUGGCUUUUGGUAUAUGGUCUUAAAUGAUUUUCUCUCGGGAAUUGAAUCUGUCGAGCCUAUCUCUAUCGUUUUCUCUUUUGAUGGAGGCCAGACUGCUUUCGAGGCUCUUGAGGAUGCUGUGCAGUCCGAAGCCCAGCAGAAUACCCUUCUGUAA